UCAAUCCGUCAACCAUCAUUUUAUGAUCAUUCAAAAGGCCAUUUCAGUACUGCAGACACGACCAAAAGGAGUCCUCAAAACAGAUGCAGCUCGAGGUGCCGUUCAGUCUUGUCGUUGCUUACUCACAGCAAUUGAGAUGAGGAGAUCCAUGUUCAAGGUGUCAGCCAAGUUGCCCCGCAAAAUGAAGCUGCCGCCGUGCGACCAAAACUCUCCCCCACGCCGAGAGAUCUUGCUCAUCAGUUCGGAUGCUGGACGGCAGAGCUCCGCCGUUCCGGUGCAUGCAGACCCUUGAGAUGAAACGAAAGUGGCAGCAAAGAGGGGGCUGGACACGCUCGUGGGCGGAGCUGUCAUGGCACACGGCCAGAGAGCCCAGCAAAGAGAAUAUCAUUCAAAGGAAUCACGAUUGCAAUUUUCCAGUUGUCCAAACACAUGGGACAUGUCAACAGUGCCUUUUCUUUGUUCCUCUGAAGAUACCCCGCACCCACACACUGCAAGUUUCUGGCCGAGUGCUCGUGCUGCUCUUGAUUGUCUUCUUCCAUGGACAGGGGGGAGGAUUUGGGAUUUUGUGGGGUAACGGCGGUUGGGUGGUGAGAGCUCAUCCGUCGAAGCUUGAGAGUGUGAAUCGUUGCCUCUUCUGAUUCGUCUCCCAAGAUCCAGCCAGAUUAUGCCACCUCGCGCAUGGUGGGAGCUCCCAAAAAUGACGAAUCUCUAGGGACGUU